UUUGACAUUUUAUACAAAUGCCAAUUAAAGUUGCCGUGAAGCUAAAUGUACGCCUAUUAAAGCAAUCUUACUUAUUCGUAGGUGUUGCUUUAAUUCGCGUGGGAAGGCGGGCACAAUUUGACAACGCCGGCGUGCUGAGUUGAUGUCGUCCCCCCCCCCCUCUGCCUGGACGGGAGUUAGCUCAGCCCCGCCAUUUUCCGCGGGGCCAAGGGGGGACGUGGGGACGCGGCUCGGCCCGGCUCACUCAGCCUGCGGGGCCCGAGCGGGUCGCACGGCAUGCGGGGAAAGAGAUGUCCAUCCGUCUCUGGAGGAGCCUCAAAGGUCACGUCCUUCUAGGCUGGUCACGUGGCCUCCAGAGGAGGACCUCCUGACAGCCUCUUCGCUCAACAUCGCGCACGCUUGAAAAACCCCAGUUGUCUUCAUCCUUUCAGUGUGGAUUGCAUUCAUCUGCCAGCCAGCAGACGGGGAGAGAGGACGGACAGACUGGUGAACAAGUGAACUACCUGGCUGACAGACUGACUGUCCGAUUGACAGACACCACCGCGGCCAUGGCGACCUCGUCGAUGCGGCGACAGAUGAAGAACAUCGUGAACAAGUACUCGGAGGCGGAGGUGAAGGUGCGCGAGGCAACGUCCAACGACGCGUGGGGGCCCUCGACGUCGCUCAUGUCCGAGAUCGCCGACCUGAGCUACAAUGUGAUCGCCUUCCCCGAGAUCAUGUCCAUGGUGUGGAAACGGCUUAACGACCACGGCAAGAACUGGCGCCACGUCUACAAGGCGCUCACGCUGCUCGACUACCUGGUGAAGACAGGCUCGGAGCGCGUGGCCCAGCAGUGCCGCGAGAACAUCUUCGCCAUCCAGACGCUCAAGGACUUCCAGUAUGUAGACCGCGACGGCAAGGACCAGGGUGUGAACGUGCGCGAGCGCGCCAAGCAUCUCGUCGGCUUGCUCAAGGACGACGAUCGGUUGAGGUCGGAGCGAGACCAAGCGCUCAAGACCAAGGAGCGGCUCGCGCAGUCGGUGAUGGGGAUCGGCAGCGGCGGCGAGCGCGUGACGGCGCACAACGGCGCGCACGCUCACCCGCACGUGCCGGCUCAGCCGCACCUCGCCCACGGCGCACCACAGCCUCACCUCGCUCACACGACCCGCUCGCGCCCCGGCAGCCACACCGUGGGUGGCACCCUGAUGUCGCCCCCUCCGCCCGACCUGGACCAAGUGCGGCCCAGGAACACGGGCGAGGAGGAGCUGCAGCUGCAGCUGGCGCUGGCCAUGAGCAAGGAGGAGGCCGAGCAGGUGGCGGCCGUGGGGAGAGAGGAGGCGACACAGCCCUCCUCCGACACAGAGGAGGAGGUGCAGCUGAUGCUGGCGCUGUCCCUGAGCCAGGAGCAACACCAGAAGGAGGAGAGGAUGAGGAGGGGCGAUGAUCUGCGUCUCCAGAUGGCUCUGGAAGAGAGUCGCAAGGACUCGGUGUCUCCCACCUCGCAGCACAACGGGCAGUCGCAGUCGCAGUCCCACUCCUCGCUGCUGGACCUGGCCGACGUGUUCGCGCCGGCGCCCACCCAGCCCGGCUGGCAAGGGGCCCCGGCUCCUCUUGCCCACCACGGGGGGGACGCCUGGGGUGGGCCCCUGCCCCCCUCCUCCGCGCACCCCCACGGGGGGGACGCCUGGGGGGAAGCGAGCGCGGGUGGCGCGUGGGGGGCGCCCCACCCCGCGGCGGGGCCACCGGCGCUCGGUGGGGGGCCCUGGGGGGUCGCCGGCGGCGGCGUUCCCCUCCCCGGCACCCUGGCCGCCCAGGCGCGCUGGCAGCAGCCGCCGGCGGCGGCGGCGAGCAUAGCGAGCGCGCCAUCGCAGGAUGCCUGGGGCAGCUCCGUCACCGCGGGGGCUUCCGCCCGUUCCUGGCAGCCUCCGGGUCCCCUGCCCCUGACCUCCGUCGCCACCACCAGCGCAUGGGGCCCGGUCUCCAAAUCGCCCUCCGACCCUUGGUCAGCCUUCCCAGAAUCUCCCGCUUCCCCUCCGCUCCCGGCAUACUCGACGAGCCCUCCACCCAUCCCGGCAGCGUCCGCCGACCCCUGGGCUCCGCUGGACGGAAGGGCCAAGUCCGCCGCCACCUCCGCGUCCUCCGCUGCCUUCGACCCGUUCGGUCAGACGGAGGCGCCCUACCGGGAGGAGCCGGAAGGCUUCGGCAGGAGCGGCCCCACCGCACCCAUCAACACCUCCGCGGGUGAGCUCAGCAUGCUGAGCGGAAGCUCCACGGGGGGCGGGGCGCACAUCAGCCGGGGCUCCAGCCCAGACGCGUUUGAGCUGUCGAGCGUCGCCAGGUCCCUGCCCUCGGCGCCGGCCCCGACGCUGCCGCUCCCGCAGGCCCUGCCCAACCCCAGCCGCAAGACGCCCGAGUCCUUCCUGGGGCCGGCCGCCUCGCUCGUCGACUUGGACGCGCUGGUUGGCAGGCCAACGGUCCACCAGCCACCUGCCGGGGCCGCCACUGCGCAACCGGCGUCCAAAAACCCCUUCCUAUCCCUAGACGCGUGCCAGGGGUCGCAGCCGACCAACCCCUUCCAGGUGAUGAACCACUUCACGGACGGGUCCGUCCCCCACUACACCGACGGGCAUGGCCCCCACUUCGCCGAGGCACCCGGCGCCCCCUUCUCCAAUGGCCUCGUGAUGGCACCUGCCCCUGCGCUGGCCACUUCGGUCGGCUUCUCAGCCGCCGGCGGCCCCUUCGGGGAUUUCUCUUCAGGGCCACCCGCACAGCACCUAAUGGUGGCGCCCACUCAGCCAAAAUUCACCACCAACCCCUUCCUCAUGUGAGGGCCCACGGUGCCCAUGGAUUGACUUGCGCGGCGGCUCGAAGGGAUUUCGGUUUCGUCGUUUCUGUUUGGUGGGGUGAAGGAGGCGGGGAAGGGAAGCUGUGUUUGGGCAAAUGAGGGACUCGGAGGAGAAUGGGCCAUCUUGUGAGAUGCAAAGCAUCCAGGUGCGGGAGGGAGGGAGCUCGUAUUUUGUGCUGCAGCUCAUGUUUCAGCUCGUGACCGACUCAUUGUCCGGCUUGCUCUCCCCAGCUUAAGAGAGGCUCUCUGUCCAGGCCACACUCUGGGUCGUGCUCCCAUUUUCUGCUCUUGCUCGUGCUCCCAUUUUCAUGACCAGUCCAUACUCCGGCUCUUACUCUGGCUAAUAUGACCAGCUCAUUAUGUGGCUCGUGACUAGUUCAGGUUUGAACUGCACGCCAGCACAUGCUGUAACUUGUGCGCCAAGGCGGUGACCGGCUCAUGGUCUGUCUCAUUAAAUAGGAUCAUGCUCAGGGCACUUUGAUAGCCCAUGCCGUGGUCCAUGCUGUGGCUUAUGCUAUGGCCCUGCUGUGGCUCAUGCCGUUUCUUAUUCCGUGGCCCAUGCUGUGGCCCAUGCAAUUCCUGAUGCUGUGGCCAAUCCUGUGGCCCAUGCUGUGGCUCAUUCAGUUUCUGAUGCUAUGGCUCGUCUGGGCCGUGCGGUAUCUCGCACUUCCGGCUAUUGCCCUGGUUUGCGCUGGGGCCCGCGCCGACACGCGGUGUCGCCGUUAUGAGUGAGCAAUGCCAGUGGCCCCCGUGCCAACUGCGUUGGUGACUCGUGAAGAAGGAGGAGGGAUGUGGGCACGUGAGUGCAUUGCGCUCACCGUGCACCCUCGCCCAUUUUGUAACGCAGCAUCAAUGAAAAAUAAGAUAUUUAUGAUUUAAAAAAUGUAAGGGAAUGUAUUGGAAAAAAAUAUUAUUUGCAAAGUAGUGUAAUCUUUAUACAUUUUUGGGCUAGUGGCUUUGAAAUCCUGUAGCAAUUUCGUUCCAGAUGAGAUAUAACAAUAAUAAUUAACAUCGGGUCAUAAUGACCGUGUGCCAUCACUAUGCGACAUUAAUUAUAGUAUUAAAGUACUUUAUUCUAGUAUUGAAGGAGUAAAAUUUGUGAGUAUGUAAACUGUCGUACGUCUUGCACUUAACUGGAACCAAUGUGAAGCUGUAGAUCGGGCAGCUAGGGAGAAGGGAUGUGGGGGGGGGGCGCGGUGUGCCCUGGAGUUCGGCAGGGGGUUCGUAACACCGUGACCCCUGGGCAUGUGGCAGUGUUGUGCUGUUACCACUUUAAUUAUUUGAGGACACACAUUGCCAUUGAACACUGAACACUGACCGCGACAUUCAGCAUUAAACUUAGUGAAAAAUAAAGCAGGUAGAUCUGA